UAGAAAGCAUUAUACAGACAAGUCUUAUGUGGACUUACCGGAUCUGACCAAACCAGCAAGUGCUAAAAGCAGCGUAGUCACCAUGGACAACGCAACGGAACCGGAAAUAGAGGCGCACAAUUUACAUGGGGACUCUCUGAGCGCUGCAGAGGCGGCUACAGAGAGGGUUGCGACUCUUAUCGGGGAUGACUUUGAAUGCAAUGGCCUGUUCUGUCAGAUGGACAUGCUGCGUCCCUACAAGAACGAUCUGGUCUGGAAAGAGAUGGCCAGGUGGAUUCGCUACGAGGAGGCGGUGGAGGAGGGCGGUCAGCGCUGGUCCAAGCCGCACGUGGCCUCGCUCAUGAUGGAGGCGCUACAGGACCUCCAGUGCAUGCUGGGAACCUGUCCAGUACUGCUGGACAUCACCGCGGGAACCAUGCGCGAGAUUGCCUGUGAUGUUUCUAGAGCGUGGACCGCCGACGGAGAUAUCCCAAGGAUUUGGCGUGAACAGUUCGAGGCCAUCCUUACCAAACCGCACAUGUUCCAGCACAAUGAGAAGAAGAAGAAGCACCAGAAUUCCCUCAACCUACACAAGAUGAUUAUUACGCCUGGAGAUGGUCACGUCAACAAGGGUUACGAUGGCAACGAGUCUAACAACUCGCUCCAACUCCCGGGCGAGACCAUAUGUCCCGAUUCACCGUCCCUGGCUCUGGGAGAGAUGAAUAAGUCGUUUCUGCGGAAGAUCCCACCCGGCUCGGAGGUGGCCAAUCUUCUCGUGGGCGAGAACAAUCAGCUCGACAAGAUCAUUGCCGCCUUCGUCCGCCUUAAGAGGGCGGGUAACGUUGGGGACAUAACUGAGGUGAACCUGGCAACAAAAUUCCUCUUCGUCGUACUGGGUCCCCGCUCGCACCUGGGUCACUGCGCAGAGAUGUGCCGCUGUAUGGCAGCCCUGCUCACGGAUGAGUUCUUCCGAAUCGUCGCGUACAGGGGCACGAACCGGCAGGACCUGCUGGCUGGCAUGCAGGAGUUCUCCCUUCACCUUACAGUGCUGCCCCCUGGCGUCUGGAACCCCAACACGCGCAUCGAGCCUCCAGACGAGAAACCUUCACAAGUGUAUCGGAAGACGGGUAAUCUGAACAGCAGCAAGCACAAGAACGCCAUCGUUGACCUUGAUAAGCUCAAGGACGGCGAUCAUGAGGACGAGGUCGAAGGUCACUCUGACCCGACACUGGUCAGGACUGGAAAGCUGUUCGGCGGGCUGAGGAACGACAUCCGGCGGAAGUUACCGUUCAUGCUGUCAGACUUCAAGGACGCUUUCCACAUCCAAUGUAUCGCUUCCUUCUUCUUCCUCUUCCUGGCCUCUCUCACCCCAAACGUCACAUUUGGUGGUCUUCUCACAACCACUACAGACAACUAUAUGGGUACGAUAGAGUGUAUCCUCUCAGCAGCUAUUUCCGGUGUCCUGUUCGCGCUGUUUUCCGGCCAGCCCCUCAACAUCCUUGCCAGUACAGGGCCCAUGCUGAUUUUGGAAGGCAUCCUUUAUCGAUUCUGCGUCGACCAUGAUUGGGACUUCAUGCCUUUCCGAGUCUGGGUCGGCUUCUGGACCGGCUUCUUCAUUCUUCUCAUCGUCGCCUUCGACCUGAGCGCGCUCGUGCGUUACAUCACGCGCUUCACCGAGGAGAGUUUUGCGGCGCUCGUCGCGCUCAUCUUCAUAUACGAAGCGUUCAAAAAGUCGUUUGAGAUAGAGCACACGUCGCCGCUUCAUCUACAUCCUCUAAAAAAUCCGGCUGCGUGCUUAUGUAUCCUGGAGAACUCGACUGGUGGGAACGCGACGCUGAAUUUGACUACGCUGGCUGCACCAUCUGUAAGCGGCCUGUUGGAGACGAACGUUACAAGUCUUCCGAUAACCGGAACGACACAGACGCUGUCGUACCUCGCGCAAAUCUGCACGGAUCUCGGCGGAUACAUUUCCGGUGUCGGCUGCUCAGACAGGCACGUACCGGACGUGUUUGUGUUUUCGCUCCUUCUUUUCUUUGGAACAUUUAUCCUCGCCACGGUCCUUGUCAAUUUCCGGCACAGUUUAUUCUUUCCGACCUUAGUGCGCACCAACGUGAGUGACUUCUCUGUUAUCAUCUCCAUCAUUGUCAUGGUAGGCAUCGACGCCGCCCUGGGCAUCCCGACGCCAAAACUGACCGUACCCACAGAGUUCAAGCCGACGAAACCCGGUCGGCCGUGGUUGAUCAACCCCAUCAGCCCAAAGAACCCCUGGUGGCUUUACCUCCUGAGUGCACUUCCGGCGCUCCUUGCAACCAUCCUGAUCUUCAUGGACCAGCAGAUCACCGCGGUCAUCGUCAACCGCCGCGAAAACAAACUCAAGAAAGGUUCCGGGUACCACCUGGACAUGCUGAUAGUGGGCGUGCUCGUGGUGAUACUGGGCCUCCUAGGGCUCCCCUGGUACGUGGCGGCCACCGUCACCGCCCUGGCGCACAUCAUGAGUCUGAAGAAGGUCUCCGAGUGUACCGCUCCAGGAGAGAAACCGGUGUUUCUGGGAGUUAGGGAGCAGCGGUUGACAGCGCUAAUGGUGGCCAUUUUCAGCGGUCUGGCCGUGUUGUUCACAUCUGUGCUUAAUUACAUCCCCAUGCCGGUCCUGUAUGGGGUGUUCCUGUACAUGGGCGUGGCACCACUGAGUGGAAUGCAGCUCAUUCAGCGCGUGCUGAUCAUCUUCAUGCCGGCCAAGUACCAGCCGGACUACUCAUUCGUGCGUAACGUGCCCAUCCGCCGCGUGCAUCUGUUCACCCUGAUCCAGGUGAUCGGCCUAAUCGUUCUCUGGGUCGUGAAGAGCAUAGAGAGUAUCUCCAUCGUCUUCCCGCUCAUGGUGUUGUUCCUUUGUUUCGUUCGCAAGGGACUGGACAAGCUGUUUACCCAGCGCGAACUUAAAUGGCUCGAUGACAUACUGCCGGCCACGGAAGUGAAGAAAGAGGAAGCAGAAGUAGUUAAGGAACAGGAAUCCGAACCGCCCAAGGUCAUGAUAACGGUCGAAGAUGUUGAUACGAAACAACCAGAUGACGUCAUACCGGAAACGGAAACGGAGCUCAACGGGGCCCUGCCAAGCCGGAAGGCGCUGGAACCGAGGAUGAGCGUGACGUUCACCUGUAAAACAGACAUCGACCGCAUAAAGGCAAUGACACCGGAAGUUAUUACAGACCGCCGGAAGUCGCUCAUAUUCGCCGUGGAGCGGAGGAGAUCCCUAGCCCCUUCGCUGUCCGAAACGGAUAAACUGAAGUUUUCGCCUGCGCCUAAGCGAGCAUUCGGCCGGAGGCUGUCCUGCGAGGCGUACUCGCCGCUUUUCUCGCCGACAAUGUCCUCCUCGGUGGAGACCCACAAUGUGCUGAACAAAAUGUUUUCACUUCCGGCCAUUACUUCCGACGUCAACGAGGUGGAAACGGACUCCGCGUCUGAUCACGAAACCAGUUCAAAUAAACAUGGGAAGAAAAAAUAAGCAAAGUCUUAUGUGUAACCCCAUUUAAAUCGUCCGUUAGUCUUAUGUGUAACCCCAUUUAAAUCGUCCGUAAGUCGUAUGUGUAACCCCAUUUAAAUCGUCCGUAAGUCUUAUGUGUAACCCCAUUUAAAUCGUCCGUUAAGAAAAAAAGUACACGUGUAUGAAGUUUCAUUAACAACAAAUACAGGCACAAAUAGAAAAAUCUGACACAAGCAAUUAUCUGUUAAAGGUUCGAGAUUAAAGUAUACUAAAUUAUUGAGAUGCCGUGAUAAUCUUUCUAAAAAUCGCCUUUAUUUUCUGCAAUACUUGUCGCGAAGGACGCUCAUUAUGUAUGCAAGGAAAGAAUUGCUGUUCAAUUUGAAAUCACUUAUAUGUUUUUAAAUCCGAGACAACAGCGGAAAAAAAACUUUCCCAAAGGCGGAUAACAUUUAACUAAAUAAGUAACAAGAAAAAAAAGAAAUUGUAUCAUUAUUAAAUUCUAGUAUGUUCAUGAAAAAAUGUAAGGUUAUGAGGGUAUCAUGCCCGAAAUGUUAAAGGUUUUACAUUAAAUUUUAUAGGAAGCAUAGGAAUCAAUACAGUGAGAACUUAAGCGUUUUAUGAGUCGAACGCAAACUAAAACAAAGUUAAUAAUUAUUAUAUGUAACGCAUACUGAAUACCUUCAUUGAAUACAAACACACAUUAAAUAGGCAUAUAAUUAAAUGCUUGCGUACUAUAACAGUUUACAAGCCAUGAGUGUACAUUUAAAUAUUAUUCAGGUUUUUGACAGAAUUUUGAGGACAUAUAUGUCCACCAGCUAUACUCUUUACCUUGAUGACGUAUUAUGUAUGUAUCAAAGUGCCUAUAUUUGUAAUUUAUUUUAUUCAGCAAAUGUAUUCUUGAUUGAAAUGUACAGCAUCAAUUACGUAUAUUAUUUUCUUCCACUUUUUGAUAUUGUAUUCCUCUUUCAUGUUAUUCUUUGCGUAUAUACCGGUAAUGUUUUUAUGUGAACAUGUUGUUAAUUUUAUUUUUUAGCAGACACAACAUAACUAGCUUUAAAACUUUUUAAUUGGUUAAGUAAAGGUGUUAUAGUAGCAUAAUUUUAUUUCUAAGACAUAUUUGUUAAUUUGUAAAUAUGUAAAUACACUAUAUUUUAUACGACUAUUAAAGCCCAUAUCAACUUCAGCUUUAAAAUAUGUUACUGUAUACAUCCUAGUCAUUUUUCUGCAGGUAUGUACUCUGUUCGAUUUUAUACGAGUAUUAAUGUCUAUUAAAUUAAACCUACAGUAUUG